UUUUGUUUUUGUGAAAGUUUUAUGGUAAUUAUGAAAUUCUAUUUUUGUGUUCUCCACCCCUGUCCCUCCCAUCCCUUCAUAUUUCUUCAUUUGGGAGUUAGUUGUGAUUGAAAGAAAGUAUUUUGAUGCAUUGACAACCGGAUCUUCAUGAACUUGAGACACAUUGCUGCAUCUACUGUUUCCUGUAAACCAGGAAGCAAUAACAAUUUCUUUUUCUGGAUUUUAGUUUGCUUCUUGUUAUCAAGUUUGCUAGGAUCUCCUAAAGUAUUUGCUCAUUUCCAAUUAAUACAGCCUAUUGUUGAGUUUCCAUCUUCCUCCAUUUGUGGUCUUCAAUCUUUUGGCAAGGCACAAGUAUAGUUCUCAAGAUUCUUAGUCAUCUUCUGUAGUCUUCUUAUUUAAUCAAAGAACCAUGGUUUCCUCUCAGUUCUCUAUAUUAAAUGGAAACACUUCACAGAAGCCUUUCCUGAACCAUUUGCUUCUUCCAAGUGGGCCACCUGAUCUUUUGACUUAUUCUGAUUGUUUGGAUUCUGAAUUUUCUGAUGUGUUUGGUCCAUCUCCUGUUGAAGCCUCCAUAGCAGUAAACUCCAAGAAGCAUGGAAAUUUGGUAGUAAUACCAGGUUCAAAUGAAAACAUUUACAAUGAUCCUGCUGUAAUUCACAUUGGCUCACAAUCUUUACUGUCUCCCACAACCUGUAUUAGUCAGUCCUUGGAGCUUAGCAAGCUCACGUUACAUGACAAUUUGGAUCUUGUGGAGGAGGUCUUUCAAAAAACUAAGAACGAACUCAAGGAAGAUUCUGUUACCAAUGAUGCUGUAGAGAAAAAUAAUUUACAUUUGAAUAAUUACUGUCUAAAUGAUCAGACUAUUGGAGUUGAGGAUUUUGAUGUUUUGAAGGUUGUUGGCCAAGGCGCUUUUGGUAAGGUGUACCAGGUGAGGAAGGCAGGUACAUCAGAAAUAUAUGCUAUGAAGGUCAUGUGCAAGGAUAAGAUCAUGCAAAGAAAUCAAGCUGAAUAUGUAAAAUCUGAAAGGGAUUUAUUGACAAAGGUGGAUCACUCGUUUAUUGUGCGGCUCAGAUACUCAUUCCAAACCAAAUAUAGGUUGUACCUUGUGCUUGAUUUUGUCAAUGGUGGCCACCUUUUCUUUCAGCUCUAUCGCCAAGGCCUGUUCAGGGAAGAAUUGGCACGCUUCUAUGUUGCAGAGAUUAUUUGUGCAGUUUCUUAUCUUCAUGCAAAUGACAUAAUGCACAGGGAUCUUAAACCUGAAAAUAUUCUUCUCGAUGCCGAUGGUCAUGUAGUGUUAACAGAUUUUGGCCUGGCUAAGCAAUUCAAUAAGAAUGAAAGGUCAAAUUCUAUGUGUGGAACUUUAGAGUACAUGGCCCCUGAAAUUGUUAUGGGGAAAGGUCAUGAUAAAGUAGCUGACUGGUGGAGUGUGGGAAUUUUACUGUAUGAAAUGCUCACUGGAAAGCUUCCCUUCGCUGGUGGAAAUAGACAAAAGAUCCAGCAGAAGAUAAUUAAAGACAAAAUCAAGCUUCCAUCUUUUUUGUCAAGUGAAGCACAUUCUCUGUUAAAAGGGCUGCUGCAGAAGGAUGCCAGCAAACGCCUUGGAAGUGGACUAAGUGGAGGUGAGGAAAUUAAAGGUCACAAAUGGUUUAAAUCAGUCAGUUGGAAAAAACUGGAAGCCCGUGAAAUAAGGCCAAGCUUUGUCCCGGAAGUUGAUGGGAAGCAGUGUGUUGCUAACUUUGAGGAGCGGUGGACUACCAUGCCCUUGCUGGAUUCUCCAGCUGCAAGUCCCAAAAAGGAUGAUAAUACUUUCAAGAAGUUCUCCUAUACUGCUACUCCUGUUGUAUUGUGAUAGAAAUGCCAAAGGUUCAAUUAUAGCAGCCCAAUCAUGUAACAUAUAUAUUG